AUGGAACAAGAUCCCGGAUUCAUUGCCGCCGUUGAAGAGGCCAAGCAGGGCCUCUCUGAGGGAGGUGUGCCAAUCGGUGCUGCCCUGGUCUCGAAGGAUGGAAAGAUCCUGGGCCGCGGUCACAACAUGCGCGUCCAGAAGGGAAGCGCUGUCUUGCAUGCCGAAAUGUCCGCCCUCGAAAACUCUGGCCGUCUUCCUGCUUCUGCUUACGAAGGUGCUACUAUGUACACCACUCUCUCACCCUGUGAUAUGUGUACUGGUGCUUGUAUCCUCUACAAGGUGAAGCGGGUUGUCAUUGGUGAGAACAAGAACUUCAUGGGUGGUGAAGAGCUUCUGCUCAACAAGGGCAAGGAGGUUGUUGUCUUGGAUAAUGCCGAGUGCAAGGAAUUGAUGACCAACUUCAUGAAGGAGAAGCCUGAGCUAUGGUAUGUUAUGUUUGAUGCUUGGUCUAUGGCAAUGCGUAAAGCGGCUCUCGAUCUGCUCGCAGUUGCACCAAGAAUUUUUGGCCGUUUCAUGAUCAUCAAUACUAACUGUAGUAUCCGCUAUACAGGAACGAGGAUAUCGCUGUCUAAUUUCAUAAGGCCUGCAUAUAUCAUAGCCCUAAAUGCCCCGAGAGUUGAAAAUAUUCACGCCCAAAAAAUGCAUUUUUAG